CUGUUUUUUUCUUUCUUUAAGUCACUUGUUGGUCAAGAUGUGGUUGUAGAACUGAAGAACGAUUUAAGUAUUUGUGGAACUUUACAUUCGGUGGACCAGUAUCUCAAUAUGAAGCUGACUGAUAUUUCUGUAUCGGAACCUGACAAGUUUCCUCAAAUGCAUGCCGUGAAGAACUGUUUUAUUCGCGGUUCUGUUGUAAGAUAUGUUCAGUUGCCUGCCGACCGAGUCGACACACAACUGCUGCAAGAUGCAUCCAGGAAAGAGGCAGCGGCUCAAUCCAGGAAGUGA